AUGAUUACUCUUUCUGGGCGAAGGCAGAUUCGUUCUGGUGGCAGUGGUGUUGUUACUAGUGCAGAUGUCCUUUCUCCUCCCGUACCCCUAGACUCAAUCACUCCCACUAUGCAAUCUCUUCGUCUGUACAAUGGUCAUCCCGCAAUAGAGUUCCCUUCCGGAGAUACAGAGAGUGCAGCUGCCGCGGAGAUUUUGACCGCUGCAGAAGCAGGCGAUUUGAUGGGAGGCGUUGUUGAUGGGAGUUCACCUUCUGGUGUCGGUGGUAAUGGUGUGGAUGGCGCUAUUGGCCAUCCUCCCCCAGUGGUGCUCCUACUGCAUCUGCGGGCACUUCCUGCUGUGUUUAUAUUUGUAAAUAUUUUAUUUGAUUGA